AGCACGUAGCAGCUUUCCACUUCCCGUGAUCAGAGGAGUGAGAUUAUCGAUAGUUCGUGUUAUUCCCCGCCCCGUUGUCGAGUUGAUUAGUAGAAGCAAUUUUGUUAACUACUUAAGUAGAAGAAGUAGCUGCCAGCGCUUCUCUGAUUGUAACAGCCGGCGUUGGAGGAAGCACCACCAGACCACCGCCAGAUGAGUAAACCAUGCCCGCUGCCUGACAAUUGUUGACGGGGAAAAGUGCUGGCGAGUCUCCUACGACCAGGAAAAAAGGCACAGCUGCAAGAGUUAUUUUGACGAAACAAGGGUAAACGUAAACGCGGCGAAUCUACUCCGGCGGCAAAGCCGCGUCGAUCAAACCGCUCCUGGGUGUGUGACAAAUAAACCGGAAGGUGGAGAAAAAAGGCAGUACGAGUUUUCCAGGUAAAAGACACGGAUUCCUCCGACGACUACUUGUAUUUGUGACCUGAUCUGCGCUGGUGCACGCCCCCUACGUAUACGAAGUCCACCAGCGGCGCGUUAACAAACAACUUUCGCCUCGCCUGGAAUCUGUGCUCGUCGGCGGAUAGGGCCAGAUAACCGUGCUAGAAGUACCGCACCCUCGUGGCACCACGUAGAAAGGCUGGGUCUGUAAGUUCUACUAUUCAGUCCCGGUCUACUACUUCCCAACGCGCAUCUCGACCCAGAGGCACACGAUAACAAGCUUGAUGACACAGAGCGUGAGAUAAAACGUGUACCGUGCGGUUAUCGCUUGGACUGGCGAUUGUAUUGCCCCCGAGCGCUGGAGCUGGUGGAUCCGCCGUAUAAUUUGUUGCCCAACUACCGUGGGUAGUUCGAGUUUCAGCCAACAGAAGAAUCGCCGAGCAGCCGAGUAACUACUUUAACUUCCAGGAAUUAACAAGAGCCGGGGAGCGGGUGCGAAUACUUUCUGUUCGAAAAGAACAAGCUGCCAGCAAGGGUGGAAGAGACCUCUCGACCGCGAAUCCUCCUCGUCACUGGAAAAAUCGUUGUCUUUCUGCAACAUCCCCCUCAAUUCUUCCUUGUCUUUGCUGCCACACUGGAGCUAGCAUCUUCGCUUACGGUUGCUGUCCGUCGUCCCAAGAUUCGGAAUAGCACGACGGUGGCAAACGCUCACGACGCAACAUCAGACACUGUUUUUGACGUUAGUGGCAUUAUAAUGCAGGAGUGGUUCUUGUAGUAUUUGGCGUUCCACCCGUUCCGGCAGUCCUGAUAUUGAUACAACCGAAGUGAGCAGAAGCAGCGCAGGAGCUAGUAAUUCGUAGCCUCUUUCUCUUCUCGGCGGAUACUCAUUUUAGUGAACAACAACAAACGCUAAAAAACCCCGCCACGGCAAGAAGAUGUCGCAGUCCCGGAUGCUGUCUGAGCAGCCGUCGCAGCAUAUCACAGGCAAAAGUGUUAACGUUAACGGAGUUUGUGACGCAGUAGCGCAUCAGAAAAAGUACUGAAAUUUGUAUUGCAUAGCAUGCAUGCUCGGGAAAAUUUGUAAUGCGUGGCUACAAUGCGUGAUGAAAUUGAAAACCGUUGAUGGUAGCACUUUUUUGUUUGAUACAGCAGUCGACGAGCUUAAUGCAACCGGUCUCGACGGACAAGGAUGCUUUCAAGCAGAAAACCAUGAACCAGGAGAUCAUACGUCUUCUCAACGGCUUUUCCAUGAGUAGGCGCCUGAUGAUGUCGCAGAACCGACGGGCCUACCGGCAACCGCAGCUUUUGAACGACGACGUCAGGAGAAUAGAAGCGUCCAUGUGCAAGCUGCUACAGUACUAUAGCGUUGUCUUGUUGUGGUGCUUCUUGUUGUUCGCGAAAAAUCUUGCUGAUAAGCCUGUGAUUUUGUUUCACAUUUUUUCCUUUGCCUUUUCGCUGAUCAAGUUCAACACACACCACAGAAAAAUGGAUUUUCAAUUUGUGCGGCGGUUUUCCGACGCGCAGCUUGCCAAACUCGUGAACGGCCUGAGGAUAAUAACGAAGAAGCCCGACGAGUUUGUCUUUCACAAGGGCGACAUGGCCAGCUCGAUAUAUUUCAUCUUUCUCGGAGAAGUGGAUGUUUUAGGUCCGGACGCAGGCGAUCCGGUAUUCUUGAUUGCCCUUCUGCUCGUUUUUGUUUCAGUUUGCCCCCGUGUGAGAAUCAAUCACACUUGUCGUUGAAAAAUCGAGCUUUAGUUCGGAGAUGACUUCUGCUUCUCGCUCCUCUCUGACUAAUCAUCAGACGCAAAGCGCCAACGACAAGUAGAAGCACAACUCACUUUCUUAGGUGAAGCGACUCGGCGCCUGUCUGAAUUUCGGCGACACCGAGCGGUACGGCGCCCCGAGGAAGAGCUCUGCCGUGGCGCACAGUUACACGAUACUCGGAGCGCUGGACAAGCAAGCGUUUUUGUCAACAAAGAGCGAACAGCAGGUCAUGGAAGACAGUCGGAAGCUCCAAAUCGUAAAACGCGUGCCACCUUUUUCCGCGCUCGUCGAUAAGGAGGUGCAGCAGGUUUGCAACCGGCUAAUACCGCUGCGAGCGCCCGCAAGACUGCCGGUCUGCGGCAAUAGCCACGAGGUAAAUAGAGGAUUGGAAUCAUAUUUGAUGAAGAUGUGGAUACUAGGCACCACUUUUUUUGAUGCUCCUCAGUCACUUCUUCUUUGUCUACCUUAUGAUAGAUUUUUGGUUUAUCGCAUUUAGAUCGUGUUUGCGCCCCGAGAAGUAGAGGAUGAAAAAGUUGACGAUGAAAAUUCAAAAUGCAUUCAUAUUUCACAUCAUCUCAACAGCUGUCACGACAUAUCGUCAUAGUCAUGAGUGGCGUCUUCGAGAUAAGGGCAACGAUUUUGGUUUCAAGGAACGCAGUCGGUCUGCAGGCCAGUGGGCAGAGUCUAGCUUUUUCCGACGUCCCCAUAAUAUCGCUCGAAAAAGGUAUUUCCUAUGCUAGAGGUAGAGCGAGGUCUGGCGCAUGAUUUCUUCCACUUUGAGAAUGCGGCAUCUCGUUCGCCAUGAUGAUGAUAAGGAUAUGCCGUGCUCACUGUAGCUGGCGAAAGCACUCAUCUUCAUAAAAACCCAUGGCUAGAAAUGUUGAAGAAAGAAAAACAGAAACUGAUAUAUGAUUUCCAGGCUCCAUAUGGAAUGGCGACCUGGUCAUGGCCGACGAGGAGGACCGUGAUUGGUGCACCGGCGUCGAGUUUUCGCAUUACAACAUGUACCCGCGGGCAGACGCGAAGUGCCUGGUCAUGAGCAUUAUGCAAUACAAAUUUCCCGUACAUGUACAAGAUGCAUCACAAAUUUUACCAAUUUGGAGCGUAAAUAAACUUGUCGCUAAACUAGGAUCGAAGCCAAGUUUUGUCAUGCGGAGACCGCAUUUGUACGUGUACGGGAAAUUUACUGUGGAUAUGCAUCCGCGAACUCCAGAGAAUAAGUUACAACAACAGGCUGCUGCGAAGGUGGUUCGAGUCGUACGCGACCCUGUUCCAGAACAAUAGAAGGUACAUUCAUAAUGGUAAAACAAGGAAUCAAGUUGAGGUCAUGGAAUCAAGUUAACUGGAAUCAAGUUAGACCUGGAAUCAGGUUAUAUGGAAUCAAGUUAAACCCGGAAUCAAGUUGCAUGGAAUCAAGUUACUACCUGGAAUCAAGUGGAAUGGAAUCUUCAAGUAAACCACCACAACUUCAUCCCCAUCAGUCCUUCGCCUCGCAAUGCCUCCUCUUGGAAGAAUCUAUCUGCUGCGCUUUUUGUGUUUUGUGACUGCCACACCCUCUCUCGGAAGGGGUGUGUCUCUGGGAAUUCCGUCUUCAUUUCGCCUUCCCUCGGGAGACCCAUUGCUCAUGGGACUCCGUUUCCACUUCGCAUUCCUGGGGAUGGUGUCAGUCUCGGGGGACUCCGUUUUUCCUUCCUGCGGAAGGUGUCUCGGGGGCCGCCAUUUCGCCGCCCUUGCCCUCUGGUAGGUCUCUCCAGGGAUUCUAUUUCGCCUCCUUCGGAAGGUAUCUUUGGCGAUUGGCAGGGAUCUCAUCUCUGGCAGUUCCAUCUUGUCUUCCCGAUGUUCGGGAUUUCCGCCUGCAGCACUAAGGGGCCGCGGCUUUGCCUCAGGUGUUUGGCAUGCCAUUUGCCAACUUCGGCCCCUUCGCCUUGGGGAGAUCCGGGGCGUUUACCUUCGGAAGCGCCGAAGCGUUCACCUUCGGAGGCUUCGAAGCUUUCUUGGCUUCGACAGCCCCGGAUGUGUCGCCUUCGGAAGCUUUGGCGGGUCUCUCCCUGGCGGAAGGACCGCUGGUUUAUUGCCUCUCGGGGGAGUCUGCGUUGUCGUUCCUAUGCGACCCUGUUCCAGAACAAUAGAAGGUACAUGCAUAGGACAUUUUUUUAUCGCGCUGCAUGUGCAUCUUCAUUUUGUUUCUGUCGCGGCGGCUCGCUAUGAGAUACCGCGAAGACGUAUAUGAUCUCGAGUUCUUCGACUGCAUCAAAGAAAACCAAGCAAAGAAAAAAAAAGAAAAACCAAAAUGAUGAAGUCAUGAUCUUUAUCGUAUGAAGUCUGUGCCAAGAACAAGCCAUGAAAUUCUAACAGGGACAGCGUGUACGAGAUUCUAUCCUACCUGUGCAAGCCAGAUUUCCAGUCAAAAACGUCCGGGUACAUGAAGGAAAUCAUCCGCAGCAUGGACUAUGGGGAGGUGAGGUGGAAGGGCAUUUUGAAAAAGUACGAGGCGGAAAUACUCGAGGACGCCUUAGAUUUCGAUGCCGUCCGCAAACUCGAGGAGAACAUCGCGAAAAAGAAGGGCGAACGGAAGGAAAUCGACCUGGAGAAGGAAAGAGGGGGAAUGAAGGCGCUCUUCUAAAAGUAGUUCUUGUACGAUUCCGAUGCAUCAGUAUUCAGCAACAUUUGAUACUUCGCAAAGCUAUCAAAGCUUGUUUGACAUGUUUCGCUUUUAUGCACCAGCCAACCCAAAGAAAUGAAUUCGAUCGCUUACUUAAAAUCAACGCACAGUGGCAUCAUUGUCGCUUUUACAUACACUUAUCCGUUUAUAAUUUUCGCUCAAAUGGAAAUGACCAAAUCCAAGUGUUUUCGAAUAUCUUACAUUACGAUGGAGGGAACGACACUGAUCCUGAAUAUAUGAAAAUCGCUUUCCAUUUCAUCGGGCUCUGUUUCUGGACAAAAUAUGUACUUCUUUUUUGACGACCUGUCAUCCCAGGGACAAAGUGGUUUUUCUCGUCACCUUGUAUGCUUUUGCAAUGAUAUUCAACGCCUGCUGCAGCUGCAGCUUCCAAUGUACAAAAGAAAAAGAAAACAUC